ACGAUCACCUUUAUAAUCUCUAUGCAUUUAGCUAUUUAUCUUUGUAAGAAGGAGCUUGAGUAGAUCGGAUCCAGGAUGACGGACACGCUGGUCCUCUCCUUCCAGACUCGGCUGUCUGCGGUCAUGGAGACGGUCCUCAAGACCACCAUGUACGAGAUCACCCGGCUGGUGGAGGAGAGCUUCUUGGAGCAGAUGGAUCGAGGCAAACGAGAGACAGAGGCGUUCAGACGGAGGCUGAUAUUGUCGGAGGCCAAACUGAGAGAACGGGAGAGGUUUAAGAGGGUGAGGUGCGUGGACUGUGGUCGGACAGUGGUGUCCAGGAGGAGGAUGCUACACAGAGGCCCCGAAUCACAGAGCAGUCUGGACCACCCACUUGUUGUAAAGCAGGAAAGUGCCUCUGACAGCAGGUGCAGUCCCAAGGGAAGUGCAAAUCAGGAGAAGACUUCAACAGCUCCAGAAUCUAAACAAAAUACUGUUCAAGUGUGUGAACCUAAACAUAGAGGAGAAGUGAAAGAGGAAGCAACAGAGCCUAGAGACCCGCAAGCUCAUCUUGUGAUACAUCCUCAAAUACACAAACAAAAAGAACCUUCAGCCUGUGUUAAAGAGACCAAUGGACUCCGCAAUCCAGAUUCUGACCACAAACCAGGAUGCACGUCUUUCACUGAAAGACCAGGGGAUGAAAAUGAGGUCAGACAAAGAAACCUCCCAAAAUGGUUUGACCCUAAAACAGACCCUUCAGCACGGUCUUCUGUUUCACAGCCAGAACCAGUCGGGUCCUCCGUAUCUUCAGAGUCUCCGGGUUUGAGACCGCAAGUGGGCAGCAUUGACUCAGGGCCUGUUAAACAGGAAGUUGUAGUGAUGCUUCCACCAGACUGGGAAGAUAUGGAAAGGAUCAGGCCUCCGGUGGUUUCUGCUCAUAACAGUGCUAAGAAAGCACAGUCAGAUCUUCAGCCUGGAGAUCCUCUGCCCGCUAGACCUCAAGUACAGGAGCGGGUUUCCUAUCCUGCGCCUCCCAUCAAGGUUCAGAGCCUUGCACCACAAACCAUGCAGCAUCUCAGAACACCCGUUAGGAAGAACGCAAAAAUCCUUCUACAUCCCAAUUCAGUUAUGACGGAUCAGAUAGACCGGGCACAGUCCAUCUGCAAAGCCCUUCCUGCUACUAAACUUCCUCAUGUCCGUCAGUAUCCUGAAGGAGCCGCUACAGGUGAAAGAAAUUUCAGUACAGUACACCCAGUAAGAAAUCCGCCGCAGAUGGUCAGUAUGAGGGUUCAAGGGGACAUGCGGCACCAUUCGGCGAAGACGAUGCACAAUUGCAGCCAGUGUGGAAAAGGCUUCUCUCAUCUGUGUCACCUCAGAGCUCACCAACAGAUUCACACAGGUGAGAGGCAGUUCUGCUGUACCAUCUGUGGACGGAGUUUCACCAAACUGAGUAACCUGAAAGCACACCGCAGGGUUCACACCGGUGAGAGACCUUACAUCUGCACAGACUGUGGGAAAAGGUUCACUCAGAAAUGCAACUUGAAGAGACAUCAGAAAAUUCACUCUGAACUCACUCAUACUAAUGUAUGACGAGACGUGGAGGUGUGAUAGUGGUAGAAUCUGUUAUUUUACACAUUACACAUAUUAGUUGAUGUUUUGCUGACUGGCUAAUUUAUUUUUAAAUCAGACCUACCCCUCUCACAAAACUUUCAGCACUUUUAGAUUCUCAAAAAACUUGUCCCCACAAGGUCAAAAUUUACUGGUAUUACAAUCCUUGAGUGCACAUUUGGUCCCGAUAAUGUAGGGAAUACAAGGUACACAUACACACACAGAUGUAAAAACUGUGUGCAAAAUCUCUUUCUCUCUCUCUUAUAUAUAUAUAUAUAUAUAUAUAUAUAUAUAUAUAUAUAUAUAUAUAUAUAUAAUUUCCCUUUUAAUUUUGGGGUGAAAUAGGACAUGGGCAGUUUCACAAUUUUCAAUGCUUAUUCAUGGUGGUUUGGUGGUUCCUCUAUUUAAAGUGUUUGAGUUAUCGCACUUUAAAUAGGAGUUUUACAAGCCUAUAUGAAUAAAACACAAUUACUCAAGUUUAUACUGUUAAAUUAGAUCCCUUUGAUUUGUUUGUAUAUUCAGAUGCGUAGCAUUAGCUCUUUGAAAUGGUGUGCAUACAUAAUGGUGCGUUACUGUUUUUUUUUGUUUGGUUUUUUUUAAGAUACCCAGUGAAACUGCUUGAAGAACACAUUUAUGUAACAAUUACAAUAGUUACAUGUUCAUAUUUAGAUGUCUAUGGUUGUAGGUUCAAACCUAUGCAGGGGGCCCACAAAAGCACAUGCUAAACUACAGAAAACUAUUUUGAAACGUAAUGGGAUUAAAUGGCAUGUUUCCAGUGUUCUUUAGAACGUACAGAAUGAGUGACAGUAUAGCUGGUACACUAGAUUCAGGCUACUUUCUCUUGUUGAUUUAAGGACAUAAAUUGAGCAAAAUGUUCCAGUAAUGCAUGCAAACAGAUUAUUGGUGAUUCAGGUACAUUACAGGCUCCAUUACUGUAAUGACAACUAAUUUUUAUUUAUUUUAUUUUAUUUUUUCUGUGAAAAUUAAAAAUCUAAAUGAUGAAACUGCAUUUUAAAUGGACCAAAUGGCAGGAAGUUCAUGUCUCAAUUUCUGUCAUACAGUAUAUGUUGUUUUGUAAUGUUCAUGUCAGGGAAAUUUAAUAUUUCUCCAUCUGUUUGGUAUGUACAUGGUCAUGUGUUCUUCUCAUUUAGUAUUUUUUGAGAACUGGCACAUUCUUCUUUCCUGCUGCACUUAAUAAAAUAAUAAAAGCAAAUAAAAGUGGUUAAAGCACACGAUGAAACAUGA